UUAGUCAUCAAACCUCACCAGCAAAAUAUCACAAACCCCAAAUACUACUUUCUUUCUCUCUCUUUGUUCCACACAUUAUUAUAACUUAUAACCAACAACAGAGAAAAUGGUGUGUUUUUGUUUCCUAGUAGAUCAAACAAAACAAGUGUGCAAGAGCAAACCAGCAGCUGGAACAUGUUCCAGGUGUGGUGGAGGUGCUAGUGUUGCUGACAUGAAGACUGCUACAAGGUUUUGCUAUGUCCCCUUUUACUGGAAAAAUUGGAGAGCUAUUAUUUGCACAUUUUGUGGCGCCAUUCUUCGCUCUUACCGAUGAAAUAGUUUGUUACAGUCCCACAUUGGUUAAGGAAAUGAGACUUAAUCUUUCUUAUAUUAUUACUAUUAGAUAAAUAGCUGUCUUUGGGGGUUGAGUUAGUGUUCCAUCUUCCAACUGAAUUAGUAAUUUUUGUAUUAUUAUUUCAUUUCAUUUUCCUUUUUAUUCUUUUUCCUCUUGGGAUUAAUUAGAUCUUUAGAUGAUGAUUUAGAAUAUUAUUUUGGGAAGGAAAUGUACUAACAGCUGCUAUUGUAAAUAUAUUUGAGAAAUAACUAUUGGAUCUCUUUCUCUCUC